AUGUGCCACCUCGUCACGCCACUUCAGAGCUCCAAUGUUGUAACAUUCGAGGAGAGUGACUGUAAAAAUGAAGAGGAUAGAUGUAAACAUGAGAAUGGAUCAGAAGUGAAAACCCAGCAGGAGCGCAAAGAAUUGUACAAAUGUGAUAAAUGUAUUUACGAAACUGAUAGUGAGACCUGUUUUACGGACCACUGUGCGAGACACGAGAACGAUUUGGAAGCGUAUAAAUGUGAGUCCUGUGACUGCGAAACUGAAAAUGAGAAAUUACUUCCUUUGCAGACUCAAAUCGACACGCCACUUCAGAGCUCCAAUAUUGUACCAUUCGAGGAAAGUGACUGUAAAGAUAAAGAAGAGGAUGGACGUAAACAUGAGAAUGCAUCAAAAGUGAAAACCAAGCUGGAGCUCAAAGUAUUGUACAAAUGUGAUGACUGUAAUUACGAAACUGAAAGUGAGAGCAGUUUCACGGUACACUGUGCGAGACACGAGAAUGAUUUAGAAGCUUAUAAAUGUGAGUACGAAACUGAAAAUGAGAAAUUACUUCAGAGGCACCUGUUGAGGCAUAAAGAUCCUUUGUGUAACGACUGCGAUUUCGAAAGUAAAUACAAGAGUUAUAUCAAAGUGCACGAACUGAAGCAUAAGGAUCCUUCGCAAGUUCAAAUGUACAAGUGUAACAACUGUGAUUAUGAAAGUAAAUACAAGAAUGCUAUCAAACGGCAUCAACUGCAACAUAAAAAGCCCUUCGUGCUGCAAGACUCGUAA